GAUUGCUUCAAAUUCCUAAAAUUCGUCAGUAUGUCUCAGAUCAGAACGUCAAAACCUACUUUGAGUUGACAUUGGAAACCUAAAUUAGGAGAAAUACAAUAUCUCUGGUAGUUAUUUAGUGGUUAUUAUUCUUAAUCUGAUAAAACAUACCUUGUUUUGGACGUAAUUUGUUGCAUCUUCGAAAGAUACUUGAGCAGCUUCCAUUACGUACAUGAUAGUGAUAGCAGGGCCUCUACUAAUACCACCUUGGGGAUGUUAGCUAGGAAGGGCUUUCAAAAAUAACACCUUACCAUUACAAACAAUAAGAACCUUUCCACCAUUCUGUAAAGCAUUCGAGAUAUAUUCACGAGCUCUGCCGGAUUAUUAGUGAGGCUUAAUGACUAGGUGGUAACACACUCUGGAUAUAUUCUGAUAAGAUUCUGCUCUUCAGAAUCGCGUACAUCCAAUACCAAAUAGCUGAACUGAUCUGGAUACCGCGGACGCACGAAUACUGCCUCAGCUUCACCGCGUAUGACAACAAUGUGGGUGAUACCCGCAGAGGUGAGGAAUGCGGUGUCUUUACUACAUUGAUACGGACCUAAUACCAAAUUUGGUAUUAUUUCCUGACAUUCUCUACGCAUUUCAUAUCGCCAAUCUGAACCACCGUCAAAGCCAUCUGAGUUCUCUAGUAAAACCCUCGUAUGGUUGACUUCCUCAUUGUCUAUUUCCAUAUUGCGCUCCUGGCCGUCAGUCAAGAACGCUCAUGAUGACUGAUUUUGAUGAUGAAAUACCAACUUUGAUAGACAGUAAUGAAACAGUAGACAUCCCAGAUGAUAAGAAAGUACCUCUCACUAUCCUCACCGGAUAUCUUGGAGCUGGGAAAAGCACACUCAUUUCCCACAUUCUCACAGAACGACAUGGACACAAGAUAGCUGUAAUUGUUAACGAGUUCGGAGAUACCGCAGACAUUGAACGACGCGCUGUAAAUGUCGGAGAAGAUGAAGAAUACCUCGAACUUGAGAAUGGCUGUCUCUGCUGCUCGAUUCGUGAUGCGGGAGUGGCUGCUAUCGCCAAAAUGAUGCGAAGGAAAGGCAAAUUUGACUAUAUCAUACUCGAAACAACCGGUCUGGCCGAUCCUUCUGGUUUGGCAGAAAUGUUUUGGGAAAAUGAGUUGUACAUUCCUGACAUAUACCUCGACGGCGUUGUUUGUGUAGCUGACGCCAAAAAUGUCCUCAAGCAAAUGGAAUCAGAUACACGGCGGAGUGCGAAUGAAUGUGUGAGGCAGAUUGCUUGUGCAGACUCCAUUAUGGUCAAUAAGCAGGAUUUAGUUGAUGAAUUUACCCUUACUGACGUCCGAGAUGCAUUGAAGACAAUAAAUGCUGGUGCAACAGUACACCUUACAAGCUAUGGCAAGCUUGAUCUCGGGCAAGUCAUAGACCUCAAUGCCUUCAACUCGGUAACCAAAAACGACAAAGCGGUGAAAAGUAUUGAGAAUAUCACUCACGGGUGCGACGAGGCGCAUAAUCAUAGUCACUUAUUCGGUAUCCAAAGUAUAGAACUAUCCUUGCCAUCACUCACAAACGUACAAUAUGCCGACUUCGAUAUGUGGAUACGGUGUGUCUUAUGGGAAAAUACACUGCCUUCUGUCGAAACAGUUGAGAUUGGCGAAGAAAUGGAAAUACUGCGCACGAAAGGAGUUAUUAAUCGUGAUGAUGGUGCAGUUUACAUUCUCCAGGGUGUUCGCGACAUGUACGAAAUCAAACAGGCACCAAAUGGUCCUUCAAUCAACACAAAAUUAGUUUUUAUAGGCAAAAACACCAAUCAGGAUCUCUUCCAGAAGAGUAUAAAUAACUACUUAAAACUCCAAUGACAUGCUAUCUAUUUUUAAUCUUCUGUGAUGCCUCUUCCGCGUGCGCUAUACAAGAGUCUGGCACACCAGCCAGCUUCGCGACGAUAAGACCAUGGCUGUCUUUACAAACGCCUUCGCGCAUAGUGUAAGUGAACGCGAAGCCGUCUGGACCAGCGUCAAGAUCUGUGCUGAGGAAUCUCACAGCAAAGAGCGUCCGGCUCUUGUUUUCAGUAGCAAGAUGGAUGAGCAUAGCAUAUGCUAAUGAAAGACCAUCCACAGAUGUCGUACCACGGCCGAUUUCAUCCAUUAUUACGAGUGAGCGUGGCGUGGAUGUUGACAAAAUCUCUGCAGCUUCUGUCAUUUCAACCUAUGGUUUAUGAGUCAUGUAUUACACGUAUCAGAAGGAAACCCACCAUGAAUGUCGACCUUCCCCCGCUAAGGUCGUCACUCGCGCCAAUACGUGAAAA